UCGGCGAGCCUCCCUCGACACGACGGCAGCCCGCGCUCCGGUCUCCUGUCGGUAAAGCGGCUCGAUCGAAGCGCACGCGCGGUUCGAGAGCUGGAACGGCGAAGUGGUCUCCAUGUCCGCCGGCGCAUUCGGAUGACGCUUCUGGACAAGAAGAGAGUGGAAGAGUAGGCCAAAGCAACACUCUCGAGAGUGUGGAGACCCUUCCCGCCGGGCAGUGGCGCGAGCGAGCAAUUGCAGGGCUGCGCCUUUACCUCUUAACUGGACAAGAGCAACCACCAAGGAAAGGAAGGAAUUGACUGUUGAAAGCUGACGACAACAACAAAGACGACAACACACAGCACCGACCAAGAGCACACGCAAGGCAGACACCGCACGCACGAGCGCGGCUUCGCGUUGCACCACGGGGAGUGCGUUCCGCUAGCUGGCCAUGGCCAACAAGCUCCUGGGCUUCGUCCAGCGAAUGAGGGGGAAGAAGGUGGCGUCGGCGGCGAAGGAGGACGACUCGGACGCCGCCUUCCACGGGAAGGUGGUCAGCAUUGGGCUCCUAAAGAGCAAGUACCUGCAGAGCUCCCCACCGUCGCAGGGUGGCACAUCAAAGGCCACGCCGCUCACGUGGCAAGCUGCCAUCCGCAUCGCCCGCGAGGAGGAGGAGCGCAUGGGGCGGGCGCGCAAGGCCGCCGGUCCUACCGGCGACGGCGGCGCGGCCGGGAGCACGCGGGCGGCUCGAUCGCUCUUCUGCCUCUCCCUGCAAAACCCGAUGCGCAGGGCGUGCAUCAGCAUCGUGGAGUGGCGGCCGUUCGACGUUCUCAUCCUGCUCACCAUCUUCAGCAACUGCGUGGCGCUCGCCGUGUACGUGCCCUUCCCCGACGACGACACGAGCUCGGCAAACCUGAGCCUGGAGAAGUUGGAGUUUGUCUUCCUGAUCAUCUUCACGGUAGAGGCCGUGUUGAAGGUGGUGGCCGAUGGCCUGGUGUUUCACCCGAAAGCGUAUCUGCGAAACUGCUGGAACCUCCUGGACUUUGUCAUUGUGCUUGUCGGGCUGUUCAGCGCCGUGCUGGAGCAGGUGUCGCGUGCCGGGGUGGUGCCGGGCUCGCACGCCGGGAAGAGCGGCGGCUUCGAUGUGAAGGCGCUGCGAGCGUUCCGCGUGCUGCGCCCCCUGCGUCUCGUGUCCGGCGUGCCCAGCCUCCAGGUGGUGCUCAACUCCAUCAUCAAGGCCAUGGUGCCGCUGCUGCACAUCGGCCUCCUCGUGCUCUUCUUCAUCAUCAUCUACGCCAUCAUCGGCUUGGAGCUCUUCAUGGGCAAGAUGCACAAGACGUGCUACUACACGGGCACAGGGCUGCUGGCCGACGACGAGGAGGUCGUGGCGCCCUGCGCGUUCGCCGGCAGCGGACGGCAGUGCGCGAGGAACGGCACCGAGUGCCGGUCGGACUGGGCGGGCCCCAACGACGGGGUCACCAACUUCGACAGCUUCGGCUUCGCCAUGCUCACCGUGUUCCAGUGCAUCACGCUCGAGGGCUGGACCGACGUGCUCUACUGGGUGAACGACGCGGUGGGGAACGAUUGGCCGUGGAUUUACUUCGUGAACCUCAUCAUCGUGGGGUCGUUCUUCGUGCUGAACCUGGUGCUGGGGGUACUGAGCGGUGAGUUCUCCAAGGAGCGCGAGAAGGCGAAGGCGCGCGGCGACUUCCAGAAACUCCGAGAGAAGCAGAAACUGGAUGGCGACCUGCGCGGUUACCUGGACUGGAUCCGGCAAGCGGAGGACAUCGAGAUGGAGCGCGACGGCACCUCAAGCGGAAGCAAGUGUUCGAGCGAAGCCUCGGUCCAUUCGGACACCGCCGGGAGCUCUGGAGAGAGGGCGCCCCUGUGGGUCCGUCUCGGGGACAUCAUUUUGAAGUCGCAAAUCAGCCGCUGGUGGCGCCGGUGGAACCGGCUGGGCCGCCGCCGGUGCCGUGCGGUGGUGAGGUCGCCGUCCUUCUUCUGGCUCGUCAUCGUCCUCGUGUUCAUCAACACGCUCUCCAUCGCCUCCGAGCAUCACCAGCAGGCCGCGUGGCUCUCCCACAUGCAGGACCUGGCGAACAAGGUGUUGCUCACGCUCUUCUCGCUGGAGAUGCUCGUGAAGAUGUACGGCCUGGGCCUGCACGUCUACUUCACGUCGCUCUUCAACCGCUUCGACUGCUUCGUGGUGUGCGGCGGCAUCGCGGAGGCCGUGCUCGUCGGCCAGGGUUUUGUCGCGCCGCUCGGCGUCUCCGUGCUGCGCUGCGUGCGUCUGCUGCGCAUCUUCAAGGUCACCAGGUACUGGAACGCCCUCAGCAACCUCGUGGUGUCGCUGCUCAACUCGAUGCGCUCCAUCGCCUCGCUGCUGCUGCUCCUCUUCCUCUUCAUCAUCAUCUUCUCGCUGCUCGGCAUGCAGCUGUUCGGAGGAAAGUUCAACUUCGACUCGACGCAACUCCACCGCAGCUCCUUCGACUCGUUCCCCAUCGCGCUGCUCACCGUCUUCCAGAUCCUCACUGGGGAAGACUGGAACACGGUGAUGUACAACGGGAUCCGUGCCUACGGGGGCCCCUCCUUCCCCGGCAUCCUCGUCUGCGUGUUCUUCAUCAUCCUCUUCAUCUGCGGGAACUACAUUCUGCUCAACGUGUUCCUGGCCAUCGCCGUGGACAACCUGGCGGACGCCGAGAGCCUCACGUCGGCUCAGAAGGAGGCCGAGGAGGAGCGGGAGAGGAAGAAGACGGCGAGGGCGGCGAACGCGGAGAAGCCGAAGAACGAGCUCGCGGACGCGGCGGAGACGGAGACACAGGGCGGUGCACUGGAUGCUGCAGCUAAGGCUGUUGGAGCGAGAGUGGAUCCCAGAGGACACGUGCAAGGACCCUCACAUUCUGCUACACACCCCCCAGGCAACGGGACGGACGACGAUGGCGACGGUGGCGUGGUGGAGGAAGAGGGGUCGGCUGCGCGACCGCGACCCCUCCGGCUGUCCGAACUCCGCUUGCCCGAGAGGCAGCAGAGCGUGCCGCGCAGCUCCUCCUUCUUCAUCUUCGGCAGCGCGAACCCCGUCCGCGUGUUCUGUUUUCGGGUCGUGAACCGCCUGACCUUCGCCAACUUCAUCCUGGCCGUCAUCAUCCUGAGCAGCCUCGCGCUGGGUGCCGAGGAUCCCAUCCAGCCACACUCGCUGCGCAACCAGAUCCUGGGAUACGCCGAUUACCUCUUCACCGGCAUCUUCACGCUGGAGAUCCUCAUGAAGCUCACAGCGUACGGAGCGUUUCUGCACAAGGGUUCCUUCUGCCGGAGCUGCUUCAACUUGCUGGACCUGCUGGUGGUGGGGGUCUCCCUCCUGUCCUUCGGCAUGCAGUCGAGCGCCAUCUCCGUGGUGAAGAUCCUACGCGUGCUGCGCGUGCUGCGUCCACUCCGCGCCAUCAACCGCGCCAAGGGCCUCAAGCACGUGGUGCAGUGCGUGUUCGUGGCGUUGCGAACCAUCGGGAACAUCCUCCUGGUCACCACGCUGCUCCAGUUCAUCUUCGCAUGCGUCGGCGUGCAGCUCUUCAAGGGGAAGCUGUUCAGCUGCACCGAUCAGUCAAAGCACAACCCAAGCGAGUGCAGGGGAUACUUCGUCGUCGUGCGGGAGCACGGGCCUCCCGUGGCCGUGAGGCGCGAGUGGCAGAACAGCGAGUACAACUUCGACGACGUCCUCUCCGGCAUGCUCACCCUCUUCACCGUGUCCACCUUCGAGGGCUGGCCCGGGCUACUGUACAAGGCCAUCGACUCUCGUGCCGAGGACUUGGGCCCGGCACACAACCACCGCCUGGCCGUGUCCAUCUUCUUCAUCGUCUACAUCAUCAUCAUCGCCUUCUUCAUGAUGAACAUCUUCGUGGGCUUCGUCAUCAUCACGUUCCAGGCGCAGGGCGAGCAGGAAUUCGAGAACUGCGAGCUGGACAAGAACCAGCGCAAGUGCGUGGAGUACGCGCUGAAGGCCCGCCCGCUCAAGAGGCAGAUGCCCGCGGGAGCCAGGCAGCGGUGGGUGUGGAGCAUCGUCACCUCCACGCCCUUCGAGUACCUCAUGUUCGUCCUCAUCCUCCUCAACACGCUGUGCCUCGCCUCGCAGCACCACGGACAGAGCAAGGGAUUCAGCCGCUUCAUGGACAUUUGCAACGUGAUCUUCACCGUGCUGUUCGCGCUCGAGAUGCUGCUCAAGCUCAUCGCCUUCCAGCUGAAGGGCUACUUCAGCGACCCGUGGAACACGUUCGACUUCCUCAUCGUCGUGGGCAGCGUCAUCGACGUCGUCGUCAACGAGCAGGAGCUGUUGUUGCUUUGCUGCAAGUUCCCCUCCACCACCGCUGGUGCGCUUCUGCGCGACCCCCACGCCGGGGUGGAAGAGGAGCGCCACCGCUUCUCCAUCACGUUCUUCCGCCUCUUCCGGGUGCUGCGGCUCGUCAAGCUGCUGAGCCGCGGGGAGGGAAUCCGCACGCUGCUCUGGACGUUCCUCAAGUCGUUCCAGGCGCUUCCUUACGUCUCACUCCUCAUCGCGAUGCUCUUCUUCAUCUACGCCGUCAUCGGCAUGCAGCUGUUCGGCAGGAUCGCGCUGCAAGACGGAACGCACAUCAACAGGAACAACCACUUCCAGACGUUCCUGCAGUCCAUCCUCCUCCUCUUCAGGUGUGCCACGGGCGAGGCGUGGCAGGAGAUCAUGCUCGCCUGCAUGCCCGGCCAGCGCUGCCACCCGGGGCUCGGUCUCCCGCGCCACGAAGCCUUCUCCUGCGGCUCCUCCUUCUCCGUCCUCUACUUCGUCAGCUUCUUCAUGCUCUGCGCUUUCCUGAUCAUCAACCUGUUCGUGGCGGUGAUCAUGGACAACUUUGACUAUCUGACGAGGGACUGGUCCAUCCUGGGGCCUCACCACCUGGACGAGUUCAAGCGGUGCUGGGCCGAGUACGACCCCGAGGCCACGGGCCGCAUCAAGCACGUGGACCUGGUGAUGCUGCUGCGUCACAUCCAACCCCCGCUGGGAUUCGGGAAACUCUGUCCCCAACGUGUCGCCUGUAAGAGGCUCGUGAUGAUGAACAUGCCCCUGGGCGGCGACGGCACCGUCAGGUUCAACGCGACGCUGUUCGCGCUCGUUCGGACCUCGCUAAAAAUCAAGACGGAGGGCAACGUGGACCAGGCCAACGAGGAGAUGAGGGCCAUCGUGAAGAAGCUCUGGAAGAGAACCAACGUGGCGCUGCUGGACCAGGUCGUGCCGCCGGCCGGAGAUGACGAGGUGACGGUGGGCAUGUUCUACGCCUCCUUCCUCAUCCAGGACUACUUCCGAAAGUUCAGGCAGCGCAAGGAGCAGGGGACCUUCAGCAACGCCGUCAUGCUGCGCGCCGGGCUGAGGAGCCGUCAGGAGUUGACCCCCACGGUGAAGCGAGCCAUUUCAGGGACGAUCCCGGGAGAAGAUGACCAAGACAGCGCGGACGAGGAGAUGGAGGAGGUGGGGGAUGAGGAGGAAGGCCAGGCUCUAAUGAGGGUCACGGCCGGCGGGGAUCCGGAGGCGCGCCGGUCUGGCGAUUCCGUGCCUCCAGCCCAGCGGAGGCCGCUGCUGCUGCCGCCGCCACCGCUGGCGCGGGGCCGGGUGCGCUCGCGGCCUCGCGACGGAGUCCUUCCACGCGGCCCCCGCAGGUCCCGGGCCCGGCGACCCAGGGCCGCCGCCGACGCCGCCGACGCCGCGGUCGUGGGGGGCGGCGGUGCCCCCGGCGAAUCCACCGCGCGCGCCGGCGGCGGCGGAGAGAGCCGCGGGGCGGCAGGGACGCGAGCGGUGCCGCCGAGCGACGGAGAUGAAGCGGAGAUGACGUACCACCCCUCCUGGUCGCUCCGGGUCGCAGCGGCGCCGGGCGACCCGUGUCCUGGUCACGUGUAAGGGAGAUGAGUCAGCUGAUGAGUCGAGUUACUGGUGACGUUAUAGGUGUGUGUUGGACUUCUUUCGCGCCGUACGUAGCCGACCACGCUAAUCGGAGGUGCGGGGGAAGGACGACAAACUACACACAAAAAGCAGUUCUAAAGAAAUGAGUUUUCAAUUUAGAUGAUUUAGCUUCCAGUAGUUUUCUAAUACCUGAAGGAAGAGCGUUCCAGACGGCCGCAGAAGCGCAUCCUAAAGCGCCACGCGAUGCGGUGCCCACCGCCGUCUUUGUUCGAUGGCGAGCAGCCAAAAGCCGCCGCUGCAAAGAUGAGGGCCGGAGUUCGCGUGGAGGGUCACGCGAUACGAUGGCCGACGGGCAAAGCCGACGGCGCCUCCCCGCCUGGACACUUUCCCGUCGCGUGCUUUUCCCCUGGGCCAGGUGCAGCGAUAUCCACGAGCCUGGCAGCGCAUCCGGCGGGGGAGUGGUGGCGCAGGGGUUAGCACGCUGGGCUGUUGUGCGACCCCGCGGUCUGAGUGCGAUUACCGGGCCGCGGCUAACACCGUUGCCGAGUAGCCCCUCGCCGACCCCGCGCCCGGCUCAUCUCCGGCGCGCACCGUUCUGUGUCCUGGCCAGGCGUCUGCCAAUUUAACAAAACAAUCGCAGGAGUUUGCACCAGUUCCACAGUUUUGUUUUUCCACGGCAGACCACAAUUCUUCACAACCGAUGCGUCACGUGAACAAGUAUUCGUUUGUUAGUUGCUAUAAAGUGCUUCUGGAAAUGUCGCACACCCACGGACUCCCAAUUGUACCUUGACGGAUGGAGCUCUUUGAAUUACUAAACUAUUUUUUUUAUUUUACCAGGCAUAGUUAUUUUUCAGAAGCGACCUGGCUAUCACAAAUGAUAGCUCAACCAAGUAGCUUAUCAUCAUCAUCAUCAUCACGUGUGAGUCUAUGUAUCUGUGUGAAUUUAUGUGUCUGUGUGUGAGUCUAUGCGUCUCUGUGUGAGUUUAUGGGUAUCUGUGUGAGUUUAUGGGUCUCUGUGUGGGACUAUGGGUCUAUGUGUGAGUCUAAGUGUGUCUGUGUGAGUUUAUGGGUUUCAGUUUUAAAGUUUUCAGUUUAUUGCUGUUUUUUUCUGGAUUUUUGCGCAUAGUCAC